AUGGUUGGAAGUUGUUCGGAAAAUCAAUUCGAAUCAGCGACUCAUUUCGAUCUUCGGUUCUUAAGGCAGUGUUGCUGUGAAACCCCUGUUCUUAUUGCUAAUGGACCUGCUGGUGCACCCAGAAAAGUUGCCGUUGUCUACAAGCAACUCGUGCCACACGACUGGCAUAGAUCAAAGACCUUUAUUGAUUUCAUCAACGACCUAGUUAGAGCCUCGAAAGCCAGUCCUGUCUUUGACAUGAUCAAUCUGGCGUGCUUCGCCGUGGGCCUGGUGCCUAAUCCGAUCACCAUGGCCGUUAGCAUUACGGUCCAAGUCGCUGGCGGCACGGACGAAGAGCUCUAG